AUGAGAGCGCGAGAGCUUCGGACCUCUCUACGUCACCAUUGGCAUCAAUGUCCUCCAACGCAAGGCGAAUUGAACACCCACACCGCGCGAAGGCGCAAGAGAAGAGACGAGACCUGCACAUUCGGUAACGCGAAGGAGGGAAACAUUCGGCCCAAACAGAAAGAGGUUGGAGAGCGCAACCGACUCGAUGGCGAGCACAAGCCGCAGGCACAGCAGAUGUGGUCUGCUAUGCGCAUGCUCGAAGGGUGGAAGACGGAGGUUGAUACGAAGCCAGAUGAUGUGGAGGGUCGAGUCCAUGGCACUCGAAGCCAGGAACUUCGAGCGAAGCAUAGCGAAACGCAUGACUCGGAAGGCUACGAGGAGCAAAUGCCGGCUCCCGGCAAUGAUUUAUUCGGGGCGCGGAACGUGGAGAACACCAGGCAAGAUGGGUUUGAAGGUCUUCCCAGAGGCGAAGAGCUGAAGACGAUGGUGUCCCGGCUUCGCCCGAAGCACUACUUCUGCUUCUGGUGCAAGAACCGCUGGUUGGAGAACGAGAUAUCUCAGGAAACGUCAAAUCUUGCCGAUGUCGGAAGUCGGAUGGCAGUGAUGGAAUUGCGUGACGAGACAAUUGGAUAG